CUGUUAGCCAGAAACCUAGGUAGAGCCCUGCGGGCGGUGCCUGAGCUACCUGCCACUCUUGGGCAGGUAAACACAAAUUGAAGUGCGUGAGCGAUGGUCGGCGAGUGGGUGACGUUCCUGGAAAGCCCAGGGAAAGCACCACAUUCAAUUGAAUGAAUCGAACUGGGUGAGAGAUUGAGUCAGUCUUCUAUUGCAAGUGCAGCGAACAGGUCGUGCCAAAGACGGAAAAACCAUGGAGCAUCCAUACAACCCAUACAAAAUCCCUCAAGACAUUGAGGCGAGCGCCUGCUUCAGAAGAGGCACCUACAUCGAGCUGUCGACGGGCGUGUUGCGCCGUGUGGAGGACAUACGCACCGAGGAUUUCAUUCAGUCGGCGUUGCGUUGUCCGCAAUUCGACCUCAAGGAGGCGACGGUGGUCAAGAUAGACAGGAGCUCAGAGCAUAUGAACAAGAUUACGUUUAGCUAUGAUAUGCAGCAUUUGAAGGUCACCAUGGAGGUGGCAUCGGCUCAUCCUUUAUUUGUGUAUGGCCAGGGCUGGGCAUCGUGCAACCCGCAAUUGAGCUUUGAUCUUUACGAGCUAAAGUGCCAGCAAUUGCAGGUCGGUGACAUUUGCCUUUCGUUGGUGGAACGUGAGCAGCCACCACCGCCACCGGUGGAGGCUCUGGAUCUUCAGCCUGUUCCACUACUGGAAGCCCAAUGGACAAACUGUCAAUCUGCAGCACUGCCCCAGCAUCCGUAUCAAGUGUAUGCGGAGAUGGCAAAUCUUGUGGCAGCCUAUACACAACAUUUGAUUGGCAAAAUGGCAAAUUGA